UGGCGCCAGUCCGGCGAGAGGUUUUCUGAGGAGACGGCAGUUGCUGCGGCGGUCCCGCGAGUCUGACCGCGUCCUUCCGGCUUCAGAGGAGCAAGUCGAAUAGGGAACCUCCUAAGGUCCCAGAGGUAGGAUGUGACAGAGCAGGGAUUUGAGCCCAGGUCGGCACGACUCCCCGCCGGCGCCUCUUAUUCUUUCAACUGGGAGCCAUCAUCCCGCCUGGAGCGGACUUUGGUUGAAAUUGAUGGCUCAUGAAGCAAUGAAAUAUGAUCUUCAGGUGCAGUUAGAUCAUGGUGCUGCACAACAGCCUGCUCCUCCUGAAGUGGUCAGCGGCCAAGGGGGACCACCCCUGCUCCAGCCUUCUCAUACUGAGGUGGUCAGCAGCCAGGAAGGACCACCCCUGUUUGAGCCUGCACCUGCUGCAGUGGUCAGCAGCCAAGGGAGACCACCCCUGCUCCAGCCCUCUCCUGAUGAAGUGGUCAGCAGCCAAGAGGGACUGUCCCUGCUUCAGCCUGCUCCACAGGUGUCCAUUGAUGUGACAGAGGAGCUCCCAGGAGAAGAGACUGUGGAGAACAUCAAUCCAGGAGUUUCAGAGGAACGUAGGCAGGAAUCUGGUGCUAACCACACUGCCCAAGUAUCUUCAUUGGAUUCAAUGAACGGCUUCAUCAAUGGGCUGCGGAGACUUCAUGGCAUGCUGGAAUUCCUGAGACCAACUUUGGAACACAGGGUGGGGCCAGUGAGAGCUAGGAGGAGGAGGAGUUCUGCUUCACAGAGGGCAAGAGCUGGAGGGUCUCACAGGACAAACAGUGCCAGGUUGAGAACACCGUUGGAUGCUUACUUUCAAGUGAGCAGGACGCAGCCUUAUUCGCCAGCCACCUCUUAUGAUUCAGAGACUAGGAAUCCUGUUUCUGAAGACUUGCAGGUAUCAGGUAGUUCUGACAGUGACAGCUCCACAGAGUAUGAAGAGGGAGUUGUCCAGGCAGAGGAACCUGGAGCUGUUGUUUUAGAAGAGCAACUAGGAGGUAACGACUUGGCAGAGCAACUAAGAGAUAUCUCAACAGAGCAAGAAGUUACAUGUAUCGGUGGAGGAGAGACUCUCCCCAAACAGCAGUCUCCCCAGAAGUCUAAUCCUCUUCUAGCUUCUGCUUCUGUGGAUGAGGAAGAAGUGGACACUUGCACAAUAUGUUUGGAACAGUGGACCAAUGCUGGGGAUCACCGGCUCUCGGCAUUGCGCUGUGGGCACCUCUUUGGGUAUAAGUGCAUUUCUAAGUGGCUCAAAGGACAGGCACGAAAAUGUCCUCAGUGCAACAAGAAAGCCAAGCACAGUGACAUCGUUGUCCUUUAUGCCCGAACCCUGAGAGCUUUGGACGCUAGUGAACAGGAGCUCAUGAAAAGUUCCUUAGAAGAGGAGCAGACGCUAAGGAAGAAGGCUGAGUUAGAAUCGGCACAGUGCCGGCUCCAGCUUCAAGUCCUCACUGAGGAAUGCACUAAGCUUCACAGUCAUGUUCAGGACUUGAAAAAACUUAUUGUGCAGCAUCAGGGUCAGAUUUCACAGCUGACCGGGAGUUCCCAAGCACAUUUCCUAAGCAGCCUGCCCUCCAGCCAGAGCCGACACAAAUACCAUUUCCAGAAGACAUUCACAGUGUCUCAAACAGGAAACUGCCGAGUCAUGACAUACUGUGAUGCUCUGAGCUGCCUGGUAGUAUCACAGCCUUCUCCUCAGGCCUCCUUCCUUCCAGGCUUUGGUGUUAAGAUGUUGAGUACUGCCAACAUGAAAAGCAGUCAGUAUAUUCCCGUGCAUGGCAAACAGAUACGUGGACUGGCUUUCAGCAGUCGAUCCAAAGGCUUACUUCUCUCUGCUUCCCUGGACAACACUAUUAAACUGACCAGCCUGGAGACAAAUACUGUGGUCCAGACUUAUAAUACUGGACGUCCUGUCUGGAGCUGCUGCUGGUGUCUUGAUGAAAACAAUUACAUGUAUGCUGGAUUGGUCAACGGUUCAGUUCUGUUAUAUGACCUUCGAAACACAAGCUCUCAUAUCCAGGAGUUAGUACCUCAGAAAGCUAGAUGCCCGCUGGUAUCCCUGUCAUACAUACCCAGAGCUGCCUCGGCUGCAUUUCCAUAUGGUGGGGUGUUGGCUGGAAGCUUGGAGAAUGCUUCCUUUUGGGAGCUGAAAAUGGGCUUUACUCAUUGGCCUCACGUGCUGCCCAUGGAGCCUGGGGGCUGCAUAGACUUUCAGACAGAGAGCAGCACCCGGCACUGUCUUGUGACCUACAGGCCUGAUAAAAAUCACAGCACCUUACGAAGUGUACUCAUGGAGAUGUCCUAUAAGCUGGAUAAUGCUGGAGAGCCAAUCUGCUCCUGCCAUUCUGUACAAACAUUCCGUGGGGGACCCACUUGCAAACUACUGACCAAAAGUGCCAUUUUCCAAAAUCCAGAGAAUGAUGGCAGCAUCCUGGUGUGUACUGGGGAUGAAGUGUCAAAUUCUGCCCUGCUGUGGGAUGCUGGCAGUGGCUCGUUGCUGCAGGAACUGCAGGCUAAUCAGCCUGUCUUGGACAUCUGUCCAUUUCAGGUGAACCAUAACAGCUACUUGGCUACCUUAACGGAGAAGAUGGUCCACAUCCAUAGGUGGGAGUGACCGUGGUCUUGAAACUUGUCGGGCAUGCUGCUGGUUAAUGUUAAAUGUUGUUUGUUAGCACCUGGCAGCCCUGAGCAAGAUCUGUGCUUAUUGUCUGUGGCCUAGAACUUUUGGGAUUGUGGUUCCGUUGGGUUAGUAUGAUUCUAGGACUCCAGGUCAGCAAAGCACUACAGAUUGUGUAUUUUCAGUGUCCAUCAAAAGAGUCAGUGACUGGUACUCCAUCACAUUAUACAUUUCUUGGGGGUAAAAGCCUUCAUGAAUCUUCGUUGAGAAUCAAUAUUUUUGAUCAAACUUUCUGCCGAACCUCGGAGAGUAUCCUCCCAGAAGUCAUUUAGGAUAUGUGUGUGCACCAAGCAUUUCCAGAGGAUGUGACAUCCCACCAGAGUGGUCUUGUCACUUGAGCUAUAUGACUUGGGAAUGCGUAUGUUCCUGAAGGGACUAACCAUCUUCCUGAUGCAGCCUGGAUGCAAAAGAAUCUUUAGUUGAACACAAGAGGGCACUGCAGAAUCUUCCAAAGGAUUUGAUCUAUUUCUGACCUUGCGGCCUGAUAACCUUUUAGUAACUUGGUCUCAUCCCUACAGAAGUGUGUGGUAGAGCACAUCUGGUCUGCUUUGUGGCAGGAACAGUAAUAUUCAGGUGUGCAGUGCUGGGAUAUUGGUAAACCCAGUGAUGGUGGUGGCUGAUGAGCUGUGGACCCUUCCCUAAUGCCGAGUGUACGGAGUUUGUCACAUUGUGGGAGUCAAGGAAAGAGACCAGUUGUUUGAGCAGUGAGGAAGACUCACUUUUUUUUCUAGCCAGCUUAGGAUCUCAGGAUUGGUUUUAUAUAAGCCAAUGCUUUGAAGGCCACUCUUUGUCCCUCUCACUAGGAAAAGAUGAGCCAUAUGUCAGAGCUCUUACUUGAGUCUUCUAGUAUGAGAGAUCAGGAGCAAGGGGCUAACCAAGAGAGGCUUACAAAAGAGAAGCUACUCAGACUGCUGUUGAAAGCAAAAGAAGGACUUGUGUUUUCCAUUUUGAAAGAGUCUCUCUCUGAAUAAAGUCAACCCCUUGGAGUGAGGAGCCAUUCUUGAGCGUGUUUAGAAUUCCCAGGUUAAAUCCUUCCCCCAGGUGAAACUGAUGUUUGAUUCCAAGUUCCUCUGAUUUGCCUCCCUUCCUAACUUUAAAAAAAAGUGUUGUUAGUAAAACAGUUAUUCUCAGGAAGAUAAUAGUGGUUGGAGGCCUAUGUGGUUUGCAGGGAGAUGCCCACCAGCUUUCAUUUCAGCCCUGGAUUGUCCAACUUUGGGAACUGCACUUUUCUCCAAUAGAGGGCUCACUUUAUAUCUGUUUGCUUUGCCAAAGGCUACUCUGCUAAACUAUUGUCCACAACAGAACAUGUCUCAAGGUGUGUGCUCCUUGUUCUUGGGAGCAGGAUGGCUAACAUUGUGAUUUUCUUAAAUAAUAGAAAUUUUAUUUUAUUUUAUGUAGAAAUUUUAUCAUUUUUAUUUUAAAACAGUUCUGACCGGUCAACUCCUGAACUGUUUCCAGCAUUUCUCACCAGCAAGGGGUUAUUGCAAUAGAUUUCCCCAGAGUUCCACAUUCUAGUUGUGCUUUUAAAGAAUGGCCUCCUAUUUAAGGACAUCUUUCAAAAAGCCAGUUUCCAGAGCCUGGGAAAGAGCCCCCUUUUCUAGAGGAGGUGUUCCUUUUGAUAUGUUGAUGAUUAAGAAUGACUGCCCAGGUCUAGAGCUUCAGUGGCAGAAAAGGAUUUGAAUGAAAAAGCAGAGCUCAUCUGGUUUCAGCCAAUGAUAACAGAGAGGAUGCAAGUGGUCAGGCCCUGGCUGCCUCUGUCUUUGGCAGGGGCAGGACCCAGGGCAGGGUUAGGAUUUGACUAAUGUUGAAGUACACUCAGCUGAUGCUGAUUAAUCCCCCCAAGUGUAGGAACCAAGGGACUUGUAUUACUAGGGAAGUUGGAAGAAUCUCAUGUCUUACCAAUCCUUGCAUUCCUCUAGUAAAUUUAGAUGUUUUAGAAGCAAAUUCUUGGGACUGUGACUGAUUUCUCCAAACGAAAAAAACUUUGCCCCUGCCCCCGCUCUCCUCUGCCUGGCAGGAGAGAUUACCUCUGUAGACCCAGACUCUGCCCCACCAUGUUCCCUCACCCCUGGCUCUAAGGUUGUUUUCCCAUUUGAGGGUUUGGAGUUAAGCAGACUCAAAAAUAUUUUCUUGUUGUAUAUAUCCUUGUACCUGCUUUGAAAACCGGACAGUGGGAUCUCUGUUCAUGUUCUGUGUUUUAAUGUUUGUGUCUUAUGUUUUAAUGUUAAUAUGAAAAUAAAGCAUUUACCAUAUGUACCUA